AUGGAGACCGCUAACGAUGCAACGGAACUCCACCAAAUCGAAGAAGAACUCCAUGUGGAAAUUCUUCCCGGGACAGAGAUCAUGAGGGACAUCGGCUCUCACCACUUCCUGAAGAAGGGAUCUUCACAAGUCUUGGUUCCUCAGCCUAGUGCUAACAAGAACGAUCCGUUGAACUGGAGCCUCUUGUGGAAAGGCCUAUCCAUCGCUACAGCCACGACAGUCUCUUUCUCCCAAGGUCUAGGAUCCCUGGCAUUGGCGCCCAUGUUCCCGGACUUGAUCGAGGCCUUUGAUAGCGACCUCGCUGGAGCGGUACAGUUCACGGGAAUUACUAUGUUGGUGUUGGGGUUUAGCAAUUUCAUCUGGGUUCCCAUGAGUACUGCCUUCGGCCGGAGACCGGUAUACUUGCUCUCACAGCUCAUAUCCCUUGGUUCUUGUAUUUGGCGUGCUAGAGCGCAGACGUAUGGGAGUUUCAUGGGGGCUUGUGAAAUCCAGGGAAUUGGGGCUGGGCCUGCGGAGACGAUACAACCUGCUGUUAUAGCUGAUGUGUUCUUCCUACACGAUCGAGACUUCUGGAAUUCAGUCUAUUGGACCACGUAUAUGGGUAGCCUUACAGUGGGUCCAAUCAUCUCUGGCUCAAUGGCACUGCAUACCGGUUGGAGAAGCUUUUGGUGGUUCAACACAGCCCUCAUCGCCGCGUCGUUCUUAAUGGCCCUGUUCCUGUUUCCAGAAACGAAGUGGGAUCGAGUGAAGGCCACCGAGAUACCGGGCACCGACAAGUCCUCGCAAGAGCAUACUUUGGAGAAGAUUGAGCAUAAACAAACAGAGGACUUGCAAACCCCAGACCUCAUCGUACCAGAUCCGUUCCCUGGAGCGAAAGAAGAGAAGGAGGAUAUGUGGCUCGGCAAAGGACGACCAAGCAAACAACAGUGGGGCUUCUUCCAGCCUUGCCCCAACCUCUUCUCAACCCUCUUCGUCGCCUUCUGGACACCCUGGAAGCUUUUCGUCUUCCCGAUUGUCGAAUUCGCCGCCUUCGUCGAUUCCUGGAGCGCCAGCGCCUUUCUAGUCGGAAACCUCACGCAAUCCCAGAACUUCGCGGCUCCACCUUAUAAUUACAAUACCGAAGAGAUUGGCCUGUUCAACAUCGCCAUCCUCAUAGGCGCCUUCAUCGGCCUCGCCACCGCUGGCCCGCUCUCAGACUACGUGAGUGCGCGUGCAACGAAGAAGAAAGGCGGCAUCCGCGAACCGGAAAUGCGUCUUCCGGCAAUGAUCCCUUAUGUCCUGAUCAUGAUCCUCGGCAGCUUCGUUGUCGCGUACCGAUACCAGCAGAAAUGGCCCUGGCAAGCCAUCGUCGUGAUCGGAUACGGCAGCACGGGGAUCCAGAUGGCGGCACUUCCGGCUAUCGCGAAUACCUAUGCGGUAGAUUCGUAUAAGCCUGUUGCGGGGAGCUUGAUGGUGGCUAUUACGGUCAAUAAGAACCUCUGGGGGUAUGGCCUGAGUAAAUUCAUCACACCUUGGGUUACGGACUCGGGGUUCGUGAAGCCGAUCUUGACGAAUGUGGCGCUUAUCACGUUCUGGUGUGCGUUUGGGGGAGUGUUCUAUUGGAAGGGGAAGACGAUUAGGAGGUGGUCGAAGAAUAGCUCUGUGCAUCGGCUGUGA